GGGGGGGCAGUGCCAGCAGCCGGCAGUCGGCAGUUGCUGAUGGCGAGCAGUACUUGUCUGUUGCGUGAGAGUCAGGACUGUGUGGCAGGGGCACGAUGGACGACAUGGUGGAGGAGGAGUUUGACACCGAGGUCAAGGUCAUUGUGGUGGGCAAUGGAGGCGUGGGCAAGACGUCGAUGAUUCGGAGAGUGGCCCGCGGACUCUUCACCGACAACUACCGCAAGACGAUAGGAGUUGACUUUCUGGAGAAGAGCAUGUACAUCGAGUCGCUGGGUGAGGAGGUCCGGCUGAUGCUAUGGGAUACGGCAGGACAGGAGGAGUUUGAUGCUGUGACACGGACUUACUACCGCGGAGCUGGUGCAUGCGUCUACGCCUUUUCCACUACGGAUCGCGACUCGUUCGAGGCCAUCCGAUCGUGGCGGGCAAAGGUCGAGGCCGAGGCGCCAGGCAUUGCCGCCGUGCUGGUGCAGAACAAAGUUGAUUUGCUCGACUCGUCGGUGGUGACACCCGACGAGGCCGAGGCCCUGGCACAGGAGCUUCGGCUUAAGUUCUACCGCAUCUCGGUCAAGGACGACGUCAACGUCCGGCCCAUGUUUGAAUAUCUGGUGGAGGCGGCGGUGGCCAAGGCGCGGACGGCCGUAGUGCCCGGACAGACCAACAUGGACUUUCUUUCACCAGCCCAAGUCCAGGCCGAGAAGCAGUCGUUUGCCGUCCAGCCGACCCGCGGCAAGAAGCGGACGACCUCGUCGUCCAAGUCGUUUUGCACCUUGCUCUGAAGCGCGUGCUCACAGGAAGCGACUCUAUGUCACCGAUGGCGUAUGCGAGGAGAGGGAAGAAGAAGAAGAAGAAGAAGAAGAAGAAGAAGAAGAAGAAAGAAGGAGAUGCAAAGGAGAAGAAGGGAGAGGAGGAGAAAGAGAUAAACAU